GAGGGGGGCGGGGCCAACUCAAUUCCGACUGGUAUGUGCGUGAGAACCACAACAAACGGCGACCACACCGUGCAUGGCAGACACACUGGGAUUAAACACAACAUAGAUAACUGAAGCCAUGGGCAAGUCCCAGUCACACUUGCUCAAACACAAAGAGGAGAGUCACGACACGCUGACGACUAACGGCGAGUACGUAGACGGUCACACGGAGGAGGAUGGAAAGAAUGGAGACGUGUCUCAGUUCCCCUACGUGGAGUUUACUGGACGGGACAGCGUUACGUGCCCGACUUGCCAGGGCACCGGCAGAAUCCCACGCGGACAAGAGAACCAGCUCGUGGCCCUGAUUCCAUACAGCGACCAAAGGCUCCGGCCAAGCAGGACAAAGCUGUAUGUCACCAUAUCAGUGGCUCUGUGCCUGCUGCUGUCCGGCCUGGCCGUCUUCUUCCUGUUUCCCCGCUCCAUUGAUGUUUCCUACGUGGGAGUAAAGUCUGCCUACGUCUCAUAUGACCAGGACAAGAGGAUUGUUUACCUCAACAUAACAAACACGCUGAAUAUCACCAAUAAUAACUACUACGCCAUAUCUGUGACCAACAUCACAGCGCAAGUGCAGUUCUCCAAGACGGUGAUAGGCAAGACCAAGUUUAACAACAGCACGGUGAUCACUCCUCUGGAUGAGCGUCAGCUGGACUACACAGUCCCGACCAUCAUAGCUGAUGAGAUGAGUUACAUGUUUGACUACUGCACCCUGCCAACAAUUAAAGUUCACAACAUAGUGGUCAUGAUGCAGGUGACGGUAACAACAACAUACUUUGGUCACGCAGAGCAGGUCUCUCAGGAGAUGUACCAGUACGUGGACUGUGGGGGGAACACCACGUCCUUGCACGGCCACGUUCAGGUCUACCAAUAAGGGAAACAAAAGGAGGCCAGACUUGGGUUAUUACUGAGAUUCAAGCUCUCGCAGAGACUUAAAAAAAAGAAAAAAAAAGUACAAUAUCUUUGCACAGUGGCAGUGGAAUCAUGUGUCUCCUAAAUAAGUCGAAAUGUCUCAUCUAGUCCUAAAUUCACAACCACUUUCUUCCUUUUAUGGUUCAGGUGUGAUGCUUAGAAGAGACAUGUAGUCACUGACGGUUGUUACGAGGCUCUCGGAGCAGUUUUACCCGUCCCAGUGAGAGUUUUACUGAAUUUGCCUUGACGUUUGGAGUCGUUAGCUUCAAACACAAUGAAGAUAUUUAUAAUGAAGUCCAUUUAGCUGGAGGAGGGCAUUCUCAACCCGCCACUUCUAUGUAAUUGAAACACUGGACGUGGUAGUUUUGAUGCACUUUAGCUUCCUGAUAUCAACAUGACAGAAGUAAUGUCAGAGGGUUUUAGAAGAGCAGUAUCGCUGCACCCCCAACCACAACUCCCAUUCCAUUGAAAUACUAAAAUAAAACCACUGGGCAGUUUCCACACGCUUAUUUCUGCACUCUUUUUAUUUUUCCUACAAGAGUUUUCUUUUGUGUCAUAAAUCCACCGUCUCUGACGUUGUGUAGUGCAAUAUAGAUACCUGCUGUUUCAUGUCACCGCUUUAGGUUUUGUUGGGUUGUUUUUUUUCUAUUCUUAAUUAUUUCGCUGAUCGACUGACUUAAAGGUAAAUGUAAUGACUGUGAAUACUUUUAAAUAAACCUGUUUUAUUGAUGAUUAAAAGAAUUGUUGAAAUUUAAGAGGAAAAAAGAAAUCACUUUGUAAAAGGGAUGAUGUUUAUUUCAGAGUAAACACAGGGGUAUGCAAAUGUCAAAUACGUGCUUUCUCUCUGGCUUCCUUUACAGUGAAUAGUUCUGGUGUUUGGAGCAACUUUCUUUCCUGGUUUGUUUGUUAAUAAGAGUGUCAGUUGCAGAUAUGUGUUAACUAUUUUAAAUCAACUGCAGUAACUUUAAUCAUGAGUUAUGUCCAAUUCCGGA